AUGCGGCUGCUCGGCGCCUUCCUGCGGUUGCUGGUGGCCGGGACGCUGGGGGCACCGCCCGCCCCGGCCCCGGAGGAACGGGGGAUAGCCAGCACGGAGUCUCCCGUCCUUACCUUUCGGGAGAUCUGGAAUCGUAGUUUCUGCCGGCCUCUGGAGCAGCUGGUGGACGUCAUUACCGAAUUCCCUAACGAGGUGGAGUACAUUUUCAGACCCUCCUGCGUCUCCCUGCAGCGCUGUGGAGGCUGUUGUGGGGACGAGGGUCUCCGCUGCGUCCCCGUGGAGACAAGCACGGUCACCAUGCAGCUCCUGAAGAUAAAGCCAAACGGGGAGGCACCCUAUGUGGAGAUGGCGUUCACCGAGCACAAGCAGUGCGAGUGCAGGCCCCGGCAGGACCUGAUGAGGUUGGGAAGGAGGAGGUCCAAGGGCCGAGGUAAGAGAAGACAAGACAAGAAGGGACGGAAAGACUGUGAAUUGUGUGGCACACCACGCAGGUAGCCUCUGCCUGCCCCCAGCCUUGCUCCCACCACCUGGGUUUGAGCCAGCUGCUUUUGUCCCCAGCAUAGGGGGGACUUGUGGAGUCAUGUCCCUCCAAGCUGCAGCGGGGAGCAGGACUCCAGCACAAAGAGCUGACUUACUCUUGGUUGGCCCUGGUGGGAACACAGCCUGGCACCAAGGACUCCCUUGCCCCAUCUGCCCCAUUGGCAGCAAGAAAAAAAGGACUCGUGACCAAGCCUGGGGCUGAAGAUGAGGAGCUCAAGCAGUGUGUUGGUGUUUGAGGACAUUCUAGGACAAUGAGGAGCCAAGCUGGUGCAAGUGCUGCUGGAACUGGCUGGGGAGGACAGCAUGAUAUGGCAGUGAGUGGAGAUGGCUCACAGGGAUGCAAAACUUCCAUGUCCUGCCAGCACUCUGCAGCUGGGGAGGAAGGAAAUCUGGGACAGGCAAGGCUGUAG